CACACAACCGCAGGGGGAAGCAAAUCGAAGAAAGAAUCGCCAAGAAUCAUCUCGCCUAGCGUACGGUUUUGUCGGACGGACGGGCAGAACACACAGCCAUCGCGAACGAGACGAGAAUCGCAGCCAUAUCUCUGUGCGCUCGACUACUACAGCCAGUCAGUGGUGAAGCGAUCCGAACUGCUCCGGGAAAAUCCUCGAGAGGCACAGAAGAGCUCGCGCGAAGUUUUGUGCGGUUCCGGUGUCCGCGAUCCGGUUUGUCGAAGGGCCUAUCUAUUGUGGUGUUCCUAUUGUGUGUUCGAAUACAUGACCCCUUGGGGAGGUCUUACGCGGCAGUGGCAAUCGAUGAAAUCCCCCUGCCCCUCGGCGGACGACAGUUUCCUUGACAUUGUAUGAGGGAGUUUCGUCGGGAGUGAGUCUGUGUAAAGUUUUUCCACCUCUUUGGGGUUUAUUUUUGGGGGUUCGUGAAUGGCUUUUUUCGGUGUACAACAAAGAGGCUUUCUUCUUGGUUUCGCGUUUUUGGAGAUUGAGGGGUCGGUUUUGUUUAGAGUGUAACGAAUUGUUCGGAAAACCCAUCGGAAGAACGGUACCGAUUCAAUCAAUCAAUGGAAGCAGCUUGAACGGGUCCAAGGAAUAAGGCAGGCGAGUGAAAAGAGUGAAACGCAUGCACCGCACAGGGGAAGAAGAAAAAGUUGUACCCAAAGAGUAAAUGGUGUGAGUGUGAGUAAAAAAUUGCAUACAUGGCGUAUUGCAAAUUAGUGUAAUAAUCUCCAAAAUUGAGUGGGAUAAUAAGUCGGUUCUAGUGAUCGGGCUGAGUGAGGAAGUGGUACAGGGAUUGCGCAAAGAUCUGUAAUUAGUAGGGCUAUAUUUGGGGCAUCGUACUCAUAGUGGUUCAUUCGCUGGAGAACUGUCAUCAACCGUACACAGAGGCACGCACACCAGGAAAAAGCCUAUAUGAGAUUCCUAUUUGAUUGAUUUUUGCUGCUGCGACUCUGCUUCUUCUUCGUCCUGUGCUGCUUGACUACGAACUUCGAGCACACAUUCCGGUUCUCCAUUCUCGGAUAAAAGAGGAAAAACGAACGGACUACACUAGACGACCGGAGCAACGACGGCGGCUGGGGAGAAAUUCGCAAUCGAUACGGCAACGAUUGGAUUGCCCCCAUCAUUAAAUGACUCGAAAAAAGUAUCGUCAGAGUUGCUAGCAAAACUAGCCUAACUGAAAUAAGUGAAUCAAAUGCAAAAAAAUCCCAAUGAAGUGAAUCAACACCAUCACUAGGCUCGUUCUUUAAGUGUACAUCAGUGUGUUAUUUUCGUUGUCAGUAUUUCUGCGGAAAAAUAAAAUCAAUAUCCGUCGUUAGUCGUUAGUGUUCAAGCAAGAAGAAAGGUGUGUGUUACCGAUAAGAGCGCGGAAUUAAGAAAUCUCAAGUCCAUUUCGGAAAGAAGCUAAUAAAUCGAGAAAAAGAAGCUUCCCUUUUGGGGUGUGUAUCGCCGCGCGGUUUGGCAGUGUUCCAUUAUCUCGCGGGUUUGGGUUUGGCGACCGCGCGACUUCUGUUCGGUUCGAUAUAUCGGGGCAGAAAAUCGUCGCGUGUGGUGGUGGUUGUUGUGGUCCCCGAUUGCACCGCGCGAGUGAGUGGGAUCCAAUUUACGCGGAAACGGAGAAAAUUGGUAGUGGUUCCUCGGCUCCACUCCUCUUCGCCUAAUAGCUAGAAAGGCCUCACCAACCGGCGGCGGCGGCGGCGUGCAAAAUGUCCAGCGAAGAGGACAAACCACCGGCACCACCGGUUCGGCUUACCAGUAAUCGCGGAGGCGGCGAUCGGAUCGAUAGUGCCGCGCCGGUCGACAUGAAACCGCUGCCUAAAGAACCCGACGAUGCCGACCGGAAGAAGAAAACGCUUAAAAACAAAAUCAAAGUCUCCAAAGCGUCCCACAACGACUCCAAACCGAACAUCUCCUAUCCGACCAACUUCGAGCAUACGGUCCACGUGGGCUUCGAUGCAAUCACGGGAGAAUUCACGGGUAUGCCAGAGCAAUGGGCGCUCAUGCUGAAGAACUCCAACAUUAGCAAACAGGAACAGAAGAAGAAUCCCCAGGCGGUGCUGGACGUGCUCAAUUGGUUCGACAACAGCAGCAAACAGCGACCUAGUUCCAAGUAUAUGACCCAUGGUUUGCACACCACAACGCACUCUGCUUCGUCCAUAGGUUCCUCGCUGAGCCGGGUCAGCAGCAGCAGUCCGAGCAGUACCCCGACGGAUUCGGAAUCGCACGGCCCCGGCGGUGUCGGCCAGGUGCACCUCUCCAGCUCGCACUCGCAGGCGUACAGCUUAGGGCCCCUCUCAUCGCAUCACAACUCGGCAAGCGGCGAGCACGACAGCGACGAACUCGGCGGACUCAGCAGCGGGGGCAGCAUCAGCGGCAAUGGCAUACCGCCGCCGAUCGCGAGCCGACCGGAGCGGACCAAGUCCAUCUACACGAGGCCUAUCGAUGACCCAACGCCGAUAUCACCACCAGUACCUCCCCAUCUCAGCAACAGUGGCACGACUGGCGUGCGCAGUCCCACGUUCGACAAGAACAAGAACUCGACGACGAUCCUCACAUCGACGGUGAACACCAACUCGACGAGCGCCGCGGCCGUUGCCCAAACGCCAACCGUCGCCGCCUGCAAUCUAAACAACGCAAACAGUCAGCUGCAAGCGACUCCAGCAGCGACGACGACGACGACAACCGCCGCGACGACGGUAGUGCCCCCCGUGGGCUCCACCACGACGCCAACGGCCAACAAUGAAGCGCCCAGCCAGCAGCGGACCAACACCAAGAAGAAGAAAAUGUCCGACGAAGAGAUCCUCGAGAAGCUCCGAACCAUCGUCAGCGUGGGCGACCCCAAGCGGAAAUACAACAAAAUGGAGAAGAUCGGCCAGGGCGCGUCCGGAACGGUGUACACGGCCAUCGAGAGCUCCACCGGCAUGGAGGUAGCCAUCAAACAGAUGAACCUAAGUCAACAGCCUAAGAAGGAACUGAUCAUCAACGAAAUCCUGGUGAUGCGAGAGAACAAACACCCGAACGUGGUCAACUACCUGGACAGCUAUCUGGUGUCGGAGGAGCUGUGGGUGGUGAUGGAGUACCUUCCGGGUGGGUCGCUAACGGAUGUCGUUACCGAGACGUGCAUGGACGAAGGACAGAUUGCGGCUGUCUGCCGCGAGGUGUUACAGGCGCUGGAGUUCCUCCACAGCAAUCAGGUCAUCCAUCGGGACAUCAAAAGUGAUAACAUUCUGCUGGGACUGGACGGCAGCGUGAAGCUGACGGACUUCGGCUUCUGCGCGCAGAUCUCGCCGGAGCAGUCGAAGCGGACGACCAUGGUCGGCACGCCGUACUGGAUGGCACCGGAGGUGGUCACGCGGAAGCAAUAUGGACCGAAGGUCGAUCUGUGGUCCCUGGGGAUCAUGGCCAUCGAGAUGAUCGAAGGCGAACCGCCCUACCUGAACGAGAACCCGCUGCGGGCGCUCUACCUGAUUGCCACCCACGGCAAGCCGGAGAUCAAAGAAAAGGAAAAACUCAGCCCCGUGUUCCAGGACUUCCUCGACCAGUGCCUGGAGGUGGACGUGGACCAGCGGGCUACCGCUUUCGAGCUGCUGCGGCAUCCCUUCCUAAAGUUGGCCCGACCGCUGGCAAGUCUGACACCGCUCAUCAUGGCCGCCAAGGAGGCCACCAAGGGACACUGAGACGAGGCCAAGGCCAACGGAACGGGCAACGAUACCGAAGAGGGCGCAUCAACCGAGGCGGCGGCGUCGGCGGCGGUUCCUUCCGACAACCAGUGAUGGACGCUGCUGGUCCUACUACGCAGGCACGUGAGUGUAACAAUAUGAGCCUAUAGGUAGUGUGUGCUCUAGAAGUAGAUUUUAGGGGGGCGUUGUUAAUGAAUGUGAGUCUAUGUGUGUGUGUUGUGAUUGAUAAUAAGACAGAUCCACUCGCGAAGCCGGGGGUUUUGUGUGGGAGACUGGCGACUAAGGCGCGCGGACAGGACGCGAAGAUCAUCAUGUGAGAGCUACUAUUAACAAUAAGCUAUAUUGAUACAAAAGAAAGAAAAAAAAAAGAGUCAACCAAUACUAGACCUGUAAGCACAGCAUAAGAUAAAGCAAACAUUAUAUUUAAAACAUGUUAUCACUAUAAGCCGGAAAGUCUAAGAUGGUGGUGAGUCGUUAGAGCGGAAGUGUGUGCUCUUCCCUGCCGGAGAACAAUAAUACGCGAGAGAUUAGGGAAAAUGCGAAAGUAUUUAACUAUAUUAGGAGCAAAUCAUGAAACAACCAACAACGUGGAGGUGGACGAACGCGAGAGAUUAUGGUUUUGUUACAUAUUUCGUCAAGGUCUAAACCAAUUGUGAAUAGAGGAGAGCGGUGUUCGUGUAUAUAUAGAGUACAAAAAAGAAGAAAAGAAAGACUCCACUCAUAGGGCAACCGAUCGCAUGUCGGACACAGCGAUACGACAAUAUGUUUCGAAUCCUUCGAUUUGAUUUUGUAGUGAUACACAGUGAGAAAAAAACACCGUAAUCAGUCAUAUUUUACCGAAAUUUCAAUCGCUGAGGCUUCAGUAAACAGUUUUAGUGUCAAAAAAAUCAAAAAAGGUCGAAAAUUUUACCGAAUUUCUAAAAGUUAUUUAGCAGUUACAAAUUGGGUGAAAUUUGUUAACUUUACCGAUUUUUUUCAUCGAAGUGGUUACCGAACGCUCAGCGGUUGAGAUAUCGUUAAAACAUUUGCAUUAAAAUCGGUUAUUUUUUCAAAGCAUGUACAUUGUACAUUGGCGUAACACUGUGUCCAAAAUACGACCCCUACUGGGGCAGAGAACUGCAUAGUGAAGAAAUAAGUUAUAAAACGUGCAUAAAUUCAAUAUCUCAGAUCGAAUAGGAAAUAAUUUGACUAAAUAUUGAUGUAAAUCGUACAAUUCUCUAAGCAAAACUUAUGAAGAGGACGGUACAAACGCCAGAAGUGAGCUAACUUCUUAAUCAUCUUGAUCGUUUUCAAAUUUCUUCUUGAAAUGAGAAGACCCUCUACUUUCAAUGAGGUAUGGUUGUAGGUCGAACCGAAUGCCGAUGUGCUUUGAUCGAUUGUUUACCUUCUCAGAUCCCAGCUGUUUGAUAUCGUCAGGAGGUCAAACGAAUCGGGCGCAUAUUCUUCAACACCAUCACCACUUUCAGAUUUGACUCCAGCUCCUGCCCUGCGUUUGCAAGGCUCACGAAUAGCUCCUCCAUGCGGAACGGAUGGCUCUCCAUUUCACCAUCGUCGGCGUACUCAGCCUUGCACAGCUUUUCCAAGUACGACACGCAGGUGCACAUCGUCGUCUUCUGGUGAUGUUUCCGCAACUCUUCCCAGGUCGCCUUGACAAUCUUGCAGUUCCGGAUUAGUUAGAGUUGGCUGUCGUCCACGAGCAAAAUGAUGGUAGCUCAUGCCUUGGCGUCUCUGUUCUUCCACAGUUACUUGUUCUCCUUCCUGAGAUUGUCCAAUGCCGUAACAAAGGGAUCAUACGAGUCCGACAAGCUUAGAAACACAAGAUCUAAGUCUUCUCAGCGAUAACGACGGUCAGGCUUGUGCACUGUGUUUGCCCUGGACAACCUGCAAAACUUCGUCAUCCUUUCUGUUAGGAUAUUGUCGACUCCGGAACUCAAACAACUUAUCGAUAGCAGCUUUCAUUUCACGCAGCUUCAAAACUGUAAAUGUAUAAGCCUAUUACUACAUAUUUAAAUAUGUACAUAAAUUGUUAUCUUACAUUGCAGUAUCGGUUCCCAUUUUCGUGUAGACAACACUCCUAACCGUCUUAACUUACUGUUAAUCACUGCCGAAGCUCUUCAAAACAAUCUACUUCUUCGGACAUACUACACAUUUGAUUCAGGGUUGCCAGUUCCACUAACGGCUAGUGUAUUGCAAACGUACGCAACACUUUCCAUUUUCGGUCUUUCUUCUCGAAUUUUGGCUUCGCCGCCACAGUUUCUGGCGGGUCCAGCAUGCCAGCCGAAUCCAAAUCCUCUGUAAUAUAUUGAUUUGUAUGAAAUAGGGAGAUAAUUAGGAUAGGUAAAAUAGGUACACGUUAUACGUUCCUUUCUGAGAGAUAUGGACAUUUUUCUCUAAAUUAGCCAUACGUAACAUUUCCAAGAACCUAUUUCCUUCUAACUUCGUCCGAUGCAUGACGUCCCCUUUAUAGAUUUUUAUAAUUUGAUAAUUGAGAUUGAUCAGAGAUAUUGAAUUCAUUUGCGUUUAACACAUUGUUUCCACUGUGAACUGUUUCGGAUGGACUGAAUCACUGGUGCAUCCAUUAAGUCGUCUUAAUCAAAGGUAUGGUAACCAAAAUGGAUAUGGUGUGGAGUCAAAGGCUCUAUACCUGCUAACCCCCGGAGGUUCGGCCCAUCCAAAACACAAUUCUGCUCCCGCAGUGUGCCCAGAUGCACUUCGAAAUCAUGCAAACAGUCAUCGAAGGAUAGUCCAUCUUGUACGUAAUUUCAACCAUCACACACAGGCAGGAUGUUUUCCUUAACGAAGAAGAUGGUUGAGAGACUGAUUCGUGUUUAGUGGGAGCGCCAGAAAGAAUGCGCCCGCGCGAUGUACAGCCAAUCAGGAAAAGAAGUUCAAGUUCGCUCAAACAAACAAUAACCGUAUAAUAUAAAACAAAUACAAACGGCAACUUCCGGAUAAUAGAAAGCAAAGUCAGAAAUAAAAGAAGAAAACAGGAGAAAUAAACAAAGGAAAAAGUAUAAAUAAUAUCGAUAACAAAAAAUCAGAAAACACACGUGAAAAGUGCCUACACCAAGUGUAUGUGUCCGCGAGAAACUAGGUAACACACACAAACAUACCGAGAAAGAUCGGCCGAGAGAAAGAGAAGCAAGCUAAACACGAGAUUCAAAUCAUUUAUCUAUACAAACCGUUUAUGUGUGAGCUUUUCGGUUUUUCGAACAAGUAAGAACUCAAAAUCACGAUCGUAUAUACCAGUUUUUUGAUCAAGCUGCAAGUAUUACCCGUCGUUUUGGCUAUCGUUUUUUUUUUGUUUUACUAAAAAAAUCGCUUACAAUCGCUACGUACUAACCACAUUCGACUGCUUAGGAAAAGAAAGAGACGAAAAACAUCGUUCAGAGAAACAAGAACUGUAGUAUAUGUGCUAAACGAAAAUCAAGUAUUUAACUGAUAGUAAGAAAUUAUGUCCUAUUUUAUAUUAAACGCUAAUUUGCCUCCUCAUCUAAUCUAUAUCAUCCAUCGAACGGAAAAGGAAAAAAAAACCACUGAUAUCUUCCUCGAGAGGCACCGCAACCAUCAAAAGUGUGCAGCAUGUCCCCCAUUCGCAUCCUAAAAAGCCCUAUUUUUCAACGGGCAGAUCGAUCUGCCCGUUGAAUAUUCUUUCCGUUGUGUGUAUGUGUAAAUAACGAAAUUGUUCCCCUCAUCCUUUCCCAGAAAUCCGACCAACGCGCAUACUAUCCUUCAAUUUAUUUCAUUCGCGAAGCAAAAAAAAACUGAUGGAUAUGUUAGCUCUGUAGAUAGAACCGAUAGAAUGUUGUAGACGCAACUUCGAGACGUGUUAGGCAAAAAAAGAAGCCACGAGGUUUGCACCUAUACCGACGUAAGUGUGAAUGUGUGAGUGUACGUGUGUCUGUGUGACAAAUGUUAGAACGAAAAACUAAAUACCAAUUGUCAUUAAACUGUUUUCCAUUCAAAAAUAAAUUACGCAUUUAUUAUCUUAA